AUGUCACAGGUGGACCCUCUGAGUUUGACGCUUUUGUUCAAGAAGCACAAAACUACCGUGCUUUUAAUGCUUCCGCCUCACGAGACGAUCGCGACAACCCAGGAGAUGCUUCUCAAAGCUCUCCAAUCGCGAGGGAUCAAAGAGAUCAAUGGGGAUCCCGUACCGGAAGACUUUUCAGAAAUUGAAUUUGGUAUAACGGUGGACAAGAACGACCUAGAAAAAGGAUGGUCAAAACUGGAGAUUGCGAUGCCAGAACUCGAGAACAGCAGCACAUCCAAACGAGGUGCUGGAAAGCGGACCAGUUUGAAAGCAGCAGAUAUACGGAAUGGACAGGUAAUCGCUUUCAGGUUUCGAAAGCCCCGUGAGCAGGAGAGAGAUGGCGACCUCGACAUUGACCUCGAGUUGGAGGAUCCUGGCUGGGACGUCGUCGUUCCAAGCCUUGAUGACGAGGAGGGAGAGCCCAGUUAA